AUGGACUACUUGUUGGAUCGGUAUUUGUUCGAUAACUUGCCUUUCACAGUCUCGCCUGAAACUAGGAAAGAUUUCAUAGUGGAAGCAAGGGAACUAGGUCAACGAGAGCUCAGUAGUUGGAGGUCUGAAGGUCUGAAGUGUUCUGAUAACGCGUUUUGGCUGAGCUUGGCAGAUUGUGAAGAGGAGCGAGAACGCGAAUUCAAACGUCUUCUGAAAGCCACACUUCACUGGGUCCGAAUAUCGAAAUCGUGCAUAGCAAAAGCACUAGAGGAUGUUCGUGGCUAUUGCAUGUGUGAAGGACGCUUGGUCCCUGCAGUGAAUGGUGAUGAGGAUGGUCUGCGAUGGGCUGAUAAGAAAGCAAUGACACCUGAAGCGUGGAGACAACUGACACUGAGGGAGGCGGUGCCCCAGACGGAAGCGGUGCACGCUGAAAAAUUGCUUCCCUUUUAG